CUGGGAUGGGGACUUUUCUCAGCUCUGCCCGCGGGACUUGCGGCAGCGGCAGCGGCGGCGGCGGCGGGAGCUGGCAGAAGCACAGGAUGAGAGUGCGGCUCCUGGUCACUGCGCUCUGCGCCGAGAUCCUGGCAGGGGCGCCUGGAGUGUGGGCCCAGCCCAGGGAGAGAGUGACCUGCACUCGUCUUUACGCCGCUGACAUCGUUUUCUUACUCGACGGCUCUUCUUCCAUUGGCCGCAGCAACUUCCGAGAAGUGCGAGGCUUCCUGGAGGGACUGGUGCUUCCUUUCUCAGGGGCAGCCAGUGCACAGGGCGUCCGCUUUGCCACGGUGCAGUACAGUGAUGACCCUCAGACAGAGUUUGGUCUGGAUGCUCUCAACUCUGGAAGUGAUACUAUCCGUGCCAUUCGUGAGCUCAGCUACAAGGGUGGCAACACUCGUACAGGGGCUGCUCUCCUCCAUGUGUCUGACCAUGUCUUCUUGCCCCAUCUGACCCGACUUGGCAUCCCCAAGGUCUGUAUCCUAAUCACAGAUGGGAAGUCUCAGGACUUAGUGGACAUAGCUGCCCAGAAACUGAAGGGGCAGGGAGUCAAGCUGUUUGCUGUGGGAAUCAAGAAUGCUGAUCCUGAGGAGUUGAAGCGCGUUGCCUCACAGCCAACCAGUGAUUUCUUCUUCUUCGUCAAUGACUUCAGCAUCUUGAGGACACUCUUACCCCUCAUUUCCCGGAGGGUAUGCACGACUGCUGGUGGCGUGCCUGUAACCCAGCCUUGUGAGUUCCUGCCCAUGCCGGGUGCCCUGAAUCAAGCUGAUGAUGCUAUAUCUGGGCCUCGGGACCUGGUGCUGUCUGAGCCAGGCAGUCAGUCCUUGAGAGUACAGUGGACAGCAGCUAGUGGCCCUGUGACUGGCUACAAGGUUCAGUACACUCCUCUGACAGGACUGGGACAGCCACUACCAAGUGAGCGGCGGGAGGUGAACGUCCCAGGUGGCAAGACCAGUGUGCAGCUGCAGGGUCUCCGGCCACUGACUGAAUACCAAGUGACUGUGGUUGCCCUCUACGCCAACAGCAUUGGGGAGGCUGUGAGUGGGACAGCUUGGACCUCUGCUGUGGAAGGGCUAGAGCUGAGCAUCCAGAACGCCACAGCCCACAGCCUCCUGGUGGCCUGGAGGAGAGUGCCAGGUGCCACUGGCUACCGUGUGACAUGGCGAGUCCUCAGCGGUGGGGCAACACAGCAGCAGGACCUGGUCCCUGGACAGGGGUCAGUGUUCCUACAUGGCUUGGAGCCUGGCACAGAUUAUGAAGUGACUGUCAGCACCCUAUUUGGCCAUAGUGUGGGCCCUGCUACUUCCCUGACUGCCCGAACUGACUUCUCUGUUGAGCAGACCCUGCGCCCUGUCAUCUUGAGCCCCACAUCUAUCUUUCUUUCCUGGAACUUGGUGCCUGAGGCCCGUGGCUACCGGCUAGAGUGGCAUCGCGAGAGUGGCUCAGAGCCACCACAGAAAGUAGUACUGCCCUCUGAUGUGACCCACUACCAGUUGGAUGAGUUGCAGCCAGGCACUGAGUAUCGCCUCACUCUCUACACUCUGUUGGAGGGCCAUGAGGUGGCCACCCCUGCAACUGUGGUCCCUACAAGGUCAGAGCUGCCAGUAGGUCCUGUGAUGAAUCUACAAGUGACUGAACUGCCUGGGCAGCGGGUACAAGUGUCUUGGGACCCAGUCUCCAGUGCCACAGAAUACCGCAUUACUGUUCGCAGCACCCAGGGUGUUGAGCGGACCCUGUUGCUUCCUGGGAGUCAGACAGCCUUUGACUUGGAUGAUGUUCGAGCUGGGAUUAACUAUAAUGUGCGAGUGUCUGCUCGAGUGGGUGCUCGUGAAGGUGAUGCCAGUGUCCUAACGAUCCGCCGAGAUCCAGAAACACCACUUACUGUCCCAGGCUUGCGGCUUGUGGCAUCAGAUGCAACAAGAGCAAGGGUGGCCUGGGGACCUGUUCCUGGAGCCAGUGGAUUUCAGAUUAGCUGGAGGACUGACAGUGGUCCAGAGUCUAGUCAGAUGCUGCCUCCAGACUCCACUGCCACAGACAUCCUGGGGCUGCAGCCUGGAACCUCUUAUCACGUGACUGUGUCAGCACUCAGAGGGAGACAAGAGGGCCCCCCUGCAUUCAUUGUGGUUCAAACUGACCCACUGGGCGCAGUGAGGAGAGUCCAUAUGACCCAGGCUGGCAGCUCAUCUGUCUCCAUUGCCUGGACCAGGGUUCCUGGUGCUACGGGAUACAAGGUUUCCUGGCACUCAGGCCAUGGCCCAGAGAAAUCUCAGUUGGUUUCUGGGGAGGCCACAGUGGCUGAACUAGAUGGGCUGGAGCCAGACACUGAGUAUACAGUGCGAGUGAGAACCCAUGUAGCUGGCGUGGAUGGAGUCCCUGCCUCUGUGGUUGUGAGAACCACCCCCGAACCUGUGGGCAGUGUGUCAAAACUGCAAAUCCUCAAUGCUUCCAGCGAUGUUCUACGGGUCAUCUGGGUAGGGGUCCCUGGAGCCACAUCCUACAGAUUGGUGUGGGGUCGGAGUGAAGGUGGCCCCACGAAACACCAGAUACUCCCAGGAAGCAAAGACUCCGCAGAGAUUCGAGGUCUCGAAGGUGGAGUCAGUUACUCAGUUCGAGUGACUGCACUGGUUGGAGACCGAGAGGGAGCGCCCGUUUCCAUUGUCGUCACCACACCGCCUGAGGCUCCAUCACCUCUGGAGACCCUUCAAGUAGUGGAACGUGGGGAACAUUCAUUGAGGCUUCGCUGGGAUCGAGUACCCGGAGCACAGGGCUUCCGUCUGCGUUGGCAACCUGAGGGUGGCCAGGAACAGUUCCGGAUCUUGGGGCCCGAGUCUAGCAGCUACAACCUGGAUGGGCUGGAGCCAGCAACACUGUACCAUGUAUGGCUGAGUGUCCUGAGGCCAGCUGGAGAAGGACCCCCCAGGGAGGUGACUGCACACACUGCGUCCCCUCACGUCCCAAGUACUGAAUUACAUGUAGUGGACACGUCCAUUGACUCAGUGACUUUGGCCUGGACCCCGGUGUCUGGGGCAGACACCAGCUACAUCCUGUCCUGGCGGCCACUUAGAAGCACUGGCCAGGAAGUGCCUGAAGCAUCACAGACACUGCCAGGGAUCUCAAGCUCCCACAGGGUGACAGGCUUAGAACCUGGUAUCUCCUAUAUAUUUUCUCUGACACCUGUCCAAAGGGGUAUACAGGGUCCUGAGGUCUCUGUCACUCAGAAGCCAGUGUGUCCCCGUGGACAGGUGGACGUGGUGUUCCUGUUGCAUGCCACUCGAGACAAUGCUCACAAUGCAGAGGCUGUAAGGCGGGUCCUGGAGCAGCUGGUGUCUGCACUUGGGCCUCUUGGGCCUCAGGCUGCUCAGGUUGGCCUGCUGUCCUACAGUCACCGGCCCUCCCCACUGCUCUCACUGAAUAGUUCUCAUGACCUUGGCACCAUCUUCCAGAAGAUCCGUGACAUCCCUUAUGUGGACCCAAGUGGAAACAACCUAGGCACAGCCGUGAUCACAGCUCAUAGAUACUUCUUGGCACCUAAUGCUCCUGGCCGCCGUCAGCAAGUACCAGGGGUUAUGGUUCUGUUAGUGGAUGAACCACUGAGAGGCGACAUAUUCAACUCCAUUCGUGAAGUCCAGGCUUCUGGGCUCAAGGUGAUGAUGCUGGGCUUGGGGAGAGCUGACCGAGAGCAGCUACAUCGCUUAGUGCCAGGCAGGGACCCUGUGCAGAACUUCUUUGCUGUGGAUAAUGGCCCAAGCUUGGACCGGGCAGCCAGUGAUCUGGCAGGUGCCCUAUGUCAGGCAGCUGUGGCUACUCAGCUACAGCCAGAGCCUUGUGCUGUGCAUUGUCCAAAGGGUCAGAAAGGGGAGCCUGGAGUGAUGGGACUGCAGGGACAGGCUGGACCUCCUGGUCCCCCCGGUCUCCUGGGCAGGACCGGUGCUCCUGGCCCCCAAGGUCCCCCUGGAAGUACCAGCGCAAAGGGCGAGAGGGGCUUUCCUGGACCAGAAGGGCCUCCAGGUAGCCCUGGCCUCCCUGGUGUUCCUGGGACCCCUGGGACUUCUGGAACUAAGGGCUCCCCAGGGUGGCCUGGCUCUCGUGGGGAACCGGGAGAGCAAGGUCCUCAAGGCCCAAAGGGUGAGCCGGGGGAACCUGGGCAAGUCAUUAGAGGUGAGGGACCAGGGCUUCCUGGAAAGAAAGGGGACCCUGGACCUUUGGGACCCCCUGGACCUCGUGGGCCUUUGGGAGACCCAGGACCACGUGGUCCCCCAGGGCUUCCUGGAACGUCUUUGAAGGGUGACAAAGGUGAUCGUGGGGAACGGGGUCCCCCUGGACCAGGUAUUGGUGGCACUGGACAAGGCGAGCCUGGGCUUCCGGGACUACCUGGAAACCCUGGACCCCAAGGCCCAGUUGGCCCCUCUGGAGUGAAGGGAGAGAAGGGUGACUGUGAGGAUGGAGCCCCAGGCCUCCCAGGACAACCUGGAGCCCCAGGUGAGCCGGGCCUUCGGGGAAUUCCUGGAGUUAUUGGACCCAAAGGUGCCCGGGGACUGACAGGGACCCCGGGUGAGACUGGAGAAAAAGGUGAACGGGGACUGCCUGGUCCAGUGGGACCCCAGGGCCUCCCUGGGGUUGCUGGACAUCCUGGAGUGGAGGGUCCUGAGGGGCCACCAGGACCCACUGGCCGCCGAGGAGAGAAGGGAGAGCCUGGUCGCCCUGGGGAGCCUGCAGUGGGUCCUGAUGGUGCUGGAGCCAAAGGAGAAAAGGGAGAUGCUGGGCCCCCUGGGCCUAGAGGAGCUGCUGGAAUAAAAGGGGAACAGGGCCGACCUGGGUUGGUUCUUCCUGGAGACCCUGGUCCCAAAGGAGACCCUGGAGACCGGGGUCCUAUUGGCCUCACUGGCAGAGAAGGACCCACAGGUGACUCAGGGCCUCCUGGAGAGAAGGGCGAUCCUGGGCGACCUGGCCCUAUAGGACCUGUUGGCCCCCGAGGACGAGAUGGUGAAGCUGGAGAGAAAGGUGACGAGGGUCCCCCGGGUGACCCAGGUUUGCCUGGAAAAGCAGGCGAGCGUGGCCUUCGGGGGCCACCUGGAGCCCGGGGACCUGUGGGUGAAAAGGGAGACCAGGGAGAUCCUGGAGAGGAUGGACGAAAUGGCAGCCCUGGACCAUCUGGACCCAAGGGUGACCGUGGAGAGCCGGGCCCCCCAGGUCUUCCUGGACGACUAGUGGAUGCAGGACCUGGACCCAGAGAAAAGGGAGCGCCUGGACCAGAAGGUCCUCAAGGACCCAAGGGUGAUCCUGGCCCCCCUGGAGCUUCUGGAGUGAGAGGCAUUGAUGGGCUUCGGGGACCCCCGGGCCCCCAGGGAGACCCGGGUGUCCGAGGUCCUGCAGGGGAAAAGGGUGACCGGGGGCCCCCAGGGCUAGAUGGUCGGAGUGGGCUGGAUGGGAAACCAGGAGUCCCAGGCCCCCCAGGGAUACAUGGUGCUACAGGCAAAGCUGGGGACCAUGGGAGAGACGGGCUUCCAGGUCUUCGAGGAGAACACGGCCCCCCUGGGCCUCCUGGGCCUCCUGGAGUACCAGGAAAGGCAGGAGAGGAUGGCAAACCUGGCUUGAAUGGGAAAAACGGAGAACCUGGAGACCCUGGAGAAGAUGGAAGAAAGGGGGAAAAGGGAGAUUCAGGCGCUCCUGGGAGAGAAGGUCCUGAUGGCCCCAAGGGCGAACGUGGAGCUCCUGGUAACCCUGGACUCCAGGGCCCUCCAGGUCUGCCAGGGCAGGUUGGCCCUACUGGCCAGGGGUUUCCUGGUGUCCCAGGAAGUGUGGGCCCCAAGGGUGACCGUGGGGAAACUGGAGCCAAAGGCGAACAGGGCCUCCCAGGAGAACGUGGCUUACGAGGAGAACCUGGGAGCUUGCCGAAUGCAGAACGGUUGUUGGAAACUGCUGGCAUCAAGGUGUCUGCCCUGCGGGAGAUUGUGGAGACCUGGGAUGAGAGCUCUGGCAGUUUCCUGCCUGUGCCUGAGCGGCGUCGUGGUCCCAAGGGGGACCCGGGUGAGAGGGGCCCCCCAGGCAAGGAGGGCUCCAUUGGCCUUCCUGGAGAACGUGGACUGAAGGGAGAUCGUGGAGACGCUGGUCCUCAGGGGCCUCCUGGUCUGGCUCUUGGGGAGAGGGGCCUACCUGGACCACCUGGACUUGCUGGGGAACCUGGAAAGCCUGGCAUUCCUGGGCUCCCGGGCCGGGCUGGGGGCUCAGGGGAGGCAGGGAGGCCAGGAGAAAGGGGUGAACGGGGAGAGAAAGGAGAGCGUGGCGAACAGGGCAAAGAUGGCCUUCCUGGACUCCCUGGACCACCUGGCCCUCCUGGUCCCAAGGUGGCCAUAGAUGAACCGGGUCCUGGACUAUCUAGAGAACAAGGACCCCCUGGACUCAAGGGUGCUAAGGGGGAGCCAGGCAGUGAUGGUGACCGUGGACCCAAAGGAGACAGGGGUGUACCAGGCAUCAAGGGAGACGCAGGAGAACCUGGACAGAGGGGUUAUGAUGGCAGCCCGGGUCUACCAGGAGAACGUGGUGUGGCUGGGCCUGAAGGGAAGCCGGGUCUUCAGGGUCCAAGGGGGACCCCUGGCCCAGAGGGUGGCCAUGGAGAACCUGGACCACCUGGUACACCGGGUCUUGCUGGCCCUGCAGGACCUCAGGGACCCUCUGGCCUAAAGGGAGAACCUGGAGAGACUGGACCCCCAGGACGGGGUCUGCCUGGACCUACUGGAGCUGUGGGACUUCCUGGUCCCCCUGGUCCUUCAGGCCUUGUGGGUCCACAGGGGUCACCAGGUUUGCCUGGACAAGUGGGGGAAACAGGGAAACCAGGAACCCCAGGUCGUGAUGGUGCCAGUGGAAAGGAUGGAGACAGGGGAGGCCCUGGUGUGCCAGGGUUACCAGGUUUGCCUGGCCCUGUUGGACCUAAAGGAGAACCUGGACCUAUGGGGAGCCCUGGACAGGCAAUGGUUGGGCCCCCUGGAACAAAAGGAGAGAAGGGAGCCCCAGGAGGCUUUGCUGGAGACCUGCUGGGUGAGCCGGGAGCCAAAGGUGACCGAGGACUGCCAGGGCCACGGGGUGAGAAGGGUGAAGCUGGCCGUGCAGGAGAGCCUGGAGACCCUGGGGAAGAUGGUCAAAAAGGAGCUCCAGGACUCAAAGGUUUCAAGGGUGAGCCAGGAAUUGGGGCUCAGGGCCCCCCUGGGCCAAUCGGUACUCCAGGUAUGAAGGGAGACUUGGGCCCCCCUGGUGCUCCUGGUGCUCCUGGUGUUGUUGGGUUCCCUGGCCAGACAGGACCUCGAGGAGAGAUUGGCCAGCCAGGCCCUGUUGGAGAGCGGGGUCUGGCAGGCCCUCCAGGAAGAGAAGGUGCCCCAGGUCCCCUGGGGCCACCUGGACCACCAGGGUCAAUGGGAGCACCUGGGACCUCUGGACUCAAAGGAGACAAGGGAGAUCCCGGAGCAGGGCUACCUGGGCCCCGAGGAGAGCGUGGGGAACCAGGUGUCCGGGGUGAAGAUGGCCACCCCGGCCAGGAGGGACCUCGAGGACUCAUGGGCCCCCCUGGUAGCCGGGGAGACAGAGGAGAGAAGGGUGACGCUGGAACUGCGGGGCUAAAGGGAGACAAGGGUGACUCAGCUGUGAUUGAGGGGCCUCCAGGACUACGAGGUGCCAAAGGGGACAUGGGUGAACGAGGGCCUCGGGGCAUAGAUGGUGAAAAAGGACCUCGGGGAGACAGUGGCAACCCUGGUGACAAGGGCUCCAAAGGAGAACCUGGUGACAAAGGCUCUGCUGGAUCAAUUGGAGUUCGAGGGCUCACAGGACCCAAGGGUGAGCCUGGUGCUGCAGGGAUCCCUGGUGAGCCGGGAGCCCCAGGAAAGGAUGGAGCCCCUGGUUUCCAAGGAAACAAAGGAGAUAUUGGCUUCAUGGGUCCCCGGGGCCUCAAGGGUGAACGAGGAGUGAAGGGAGCCUGUGGCCUGGAUGGGGAGAAAGGAGACAAGGGAGAAGCUGGUCUCCCUGGCCGCCCUGGGCUGGCAGGACGGAAAGGAGAUAUAGGAGAGCCUGGUGUACCAGGCCAGUCUGGGGCUCCUGGAAAAGAAGGCCUGAUCGGUCCCAAGGGUGACCGAGGAUUUGAUGGGCAGUCAGGACCCAAAGGUGACCAGGGUGAGAAAGGAGAGAGGGGGCCCCCAGGAAUUGGGGGCUUGCCAGGUCCCAGAGGAAAUGAUGGUUCUGGAGGUCCCCCAGGGCCACCUGGCAAUGUGGGUCCUAAAGGCCCUGAAGGACUUCAGGGCCAGAAGGGUGAGCGAGGUCCUCCUGGAGAGAGUGUGGUAGGGGCUCCUGGUGCCCCUGGCACCCCCGGAGAGAGAGGGGAACAGGGACGGCCAGGGCCUGCUGGGCCCCGUGGGGAGAAGGGAGAAGCUGCACUGACAGAGGAUGACAUUCGGGGCUUUGUGCGUCAGGAGAUGAGUCAGCAUUGUGCCUGCCAGGGCCAGUUUAUCGCAUCUGGAUCACGACCCCUCCCCAGUUAUGCUGCAGACACAGCCAACCCCCAGCUCCACCAUGUGCCUGUGCUUCGGGUCUCUCAUGUAGAGGAAGAAGGCCAGGUGCCCCCUGAAGAUGAUGAUGACUUUUCUGAGUACUCUGUGUAUUCUGUGGAGGAAUACCAGGACCCUGAAUUUCCUUGGGAUGGUGAUAGCAAGGGCUGGGAUCAGAGAGGUUCAGACCCCUGCUCCCUACCACUGGAUGAGGGCUCCUGUACGGCCUAUACCCUGCGCUGGUACCAUCGGGCUGUGCCAGGUGGCACAGCCUGUCAUCCCUUCGUCUACGGUGGCUGUGGAGGGAAUGCCAACCGUUUUGGAACCCGUGAGGCCUGUGAGCACCGCUGUCCACCCCAGGUUGUCCAGAGCCAGAAAACAGCUUUAUCACAUGAUGGCCUGGUGGACUCUGCUGGUACUGAUGGUCCUGAUGCUGGACAGGGUCCUGGUUGUUCCUGGGACCCCUAUCCCUGCCUUCCAGCUCUUCUCUCAGAACUGUCCCAAGACCACUCCCUACUCUACAGCCUUGGAGAGUCCUUUAGCUACCACCACGGGGCCAUCAGCUUCCUGGAGCUAUCCCAAAACUGACCCCCGCUUGGGCCCACGCAUCACCCUCUCCCUGGAUGUCCCCAUUGGCCUCCUGAGGAUCAUAUUAGAGCAGGCCCGGACCAAGGCUGCCAGGGAGCAGGCUACCACCAAUGCCCGCAUCCUAGCCCAUGUUGGCCGCCGCUGAG